AAUCCUGGAAAACUCUCUUCAUACAUUGUUCUUGGGUCCCUGGAAAGGUGCUAUAAAUUUUAAGUUACUCUAACCCUCUGGGUUCUAUUGUGGUUAUUUGUCUUUUUUUUUUUUUUAAACUGAACGGUUAAUGUAAAUUUACGGAAACUGGAUAUUUUUUUUCGGAUUUUAGGAAUCAAACUUCAGAUAUACCGUUUCAACAGAAUACCAUUUAUGUAACGUGGUCCCCUUUUCCGAAUUGAAACUACAAUUUGAUACUAAUGACAAGAACUGAUGUUAGCUAAAAACUGCAAUAAAAGACAGCAAAAAAAACAAGCUUGAAAACUACAUACUGUCUGUGCAUGGACAAAAAUGACAACGAACAAGCUGAAAGGUUAGUAAAAAUCGAAGAACUGGGAUAACAUUUUUUUUUUCAAACUGUUGGUCUCAAACUGGCUUUUGCUUUUUUGUUUUGCGACCUUACAUGCCGGAAGUACGCGAUCAUUUCCGGGGCUAUCUUUGCCAUUCAUUCGCCUCCCUCUUUAGCAUGCCAAAAAUACAGUCUAGCUACUACUACAGUCUAAUUUAACAUUCAGUUUGGUUCAAUCAAAAAAAACGAUGGCGACAAACUGUCUUGUCGCUAGCAUGAACGCUUGCUGCCUCAAGCCCACGAUAACAACAACGCCAUAGUUGGACUUGACACGAGUAGUCGUCUUGCUUGCGACCAUAAUGGUUUUCCUGCACUGGCGCAUUCUCUUCAGUCGAUUUUCCAAAUCCAAACCGCAAGCAGGUGUCGCGCAGCUGUGGCGACAGUGCGAGACCCGCGACAACUUCAUCCGGGAAAAUACACAAGCAAGACAUAACGGAAGUACCAUGGCUAAAAGAAUGUCGUCAAGUGCACCAGCUUCAAGCCAAGAUGGACCGAAGAGAGUUUCUAUUGAGGGAAACAUCGCUGUUGGGAAGUCAACCUUCUCAAGACUCUUGGAGGCAACUUGUCCGGGCUGGCAAGUGGUUGCAGAACCUGUCAGCAAAUGGCAGAACAUUGACAGCGGGACCUCAAAUGGGCCAUCUCCCCAGAAGACGGUGAGCAACCUGCUGGACAUGAUGUACCGGGAUCCUCAGCGCUGGUCCUACACCUUCCAGACGUACUCCUGCAUGAGCCGCCUGAAAACUCAGCUGCAGCCUGCUCCCGCUCGCCGCCUCCCCUCACGGGGAGCGCCGGUGCAGGUUUACGAGCGCUCCGUCUACAGCGACAGAUACAUCUUCGCCCUGAACAUGUACGAGCUGGGGUGCAUCAACGCGACAGAGUGGGCAGUCUACCAGGACUGGCACUCGCUCCUGGUGGAACAGUUUGGACACCGGGUGGCGCUAGAAGGCAUCAUCUAUCUCAAUGCACCUCCUGAGAAAUGUAUGGAGCGCCUGCAGCGGCGAGGGAGGCCCGAGGAGGAGAAUGUGCAGCUGGACUAUCUCCAUAAGUUACACGAGCAGCAUGAGAGGUGGCUUGUGGAGAAAACCACUGAGAUCCAUUUUGAGUCGUUGAAAAACAUUCCCGUGUUGGAGCUGGAUGCCAGUGUGGAGUUUCAGAGUGACCCAACAGCACAGGAGAACUUCAUCCGACAGGUGAAAGAUUUCUUCAAGGUUUUAUGAGGAGAGAGUCGUCCGCACGUGUGAUGACACCAGCAGAACUGUCAUGUAACAUGAAUCCUGGCAGAGACACAAGUUGAAAGAAUCAGUCAAUAGUCGACUAGAUGUAGUUAGUGUUGGACCACACCCUUUGAAGCGCACUGUUUUUAUUUAAAUGUUUACUUGCAAAACAGUUUGUUCUGUUAGACUCUCUGCACAUUUAAUUAGAGACACACGCAUACUAACUCCAAUUAGAUCCGAUAGAAGAGCUGCAUCUAAAGUAUGCCUUUACAAAGGUAAUGCCCACUUUUGAUUAAUACUGUUAUAGGUAUUAAUUAUUCAUUCAUCUUCCGUUGCGGUUAUCCUCACUAAUUACUCUUAUUGCAAUACGCGAGGACCCAAAAUACGCAAUUGCACAGUAUAAACUGCAACUACAAAUGCAUGGUUGACGACCACAAUGUGUUUCAAACAGCACAGAUAGUGUCAAAACAGCAUUAUUAUUUUUAUAAAGGCAUAUUUUGGCUCACAUUAUACAUAUGCAUCACACAAUAUUACACUUAGAUGCAGAUUAUCAUCACCCCCACUUGUGAUGGUAAUUUGAGAUAUCUGUUGCAUUACAUUUUGUGUGUUUUUAAUACAUUCCUGGAUGUUUGUCUGUUAAUAAAGUUUUCUCUUGUUUUCA